CUUGAUGAUGUUAAGGCUAAAUCAAGCAAACGCUACCGCGGUCAGCCAGCACGGCGAAAAGUAGCUUAAAAUCAAAAUAAACUUCGUUUCCAAAAAAGCUGCAGAGAAGGGUCUCCACCGUUGGCUCAAUGGCACGUGAGACCUUCGUAUUCCGGGACAGACGGGGCUAAAGUGACAGCCCGAGGGCCUCGUCGUCGUGUCCCGAGCGAACUUGUCAGCUCGGUUCCAAACUUCGGCUCGCGGCGGCGGUUCUUCCGCGGGGCCCGGGGCGCCAAGCUCCGGCCCUGUGGAUGACUGGGUGAAUUCCCUUCCGUCCAGGAGGAAGGAAUCUCUUUGAUGAGAGAAUCCUCUUUCCUCUUGGGUCAAACACUGGGCCAUUAAGAUGGAUGAGCAGGAGGCGCUGCAGUCAAUCAUGCAGGACCUGGCAGUACUCCACCGCUCUAGCCGUCCUGCCGGGUUCCUGUCGGAUCUAGGCAAGCCCAAAGCUUCCUCACCCAAGAACCUGAACGACGUUCGAGUGAAGUUUGAGUUUAAAGGAGAGAAAAGGAUUUUGCAAUUCUCCCGCCCCGUCAAGUUAGAUGACCUGAGGGAAAAAGCAAAGGUGGCUUUCGGUCAGACCAUGGACCUUCACUACAGCAACAAUGAGCUGGUGAUUCCGCUUACUGUUCAGGACGACUUGGACAAGGCCGUGGAGCUACUCGAUCGAAGUGUUCACAUGAAGAGUCUGAAGAUCCUCUUGGUUUUGCAGAUCUCGCAGGUCACUUGGGUUGAGUCUCACACCGACUUUACCCUCUCGGGGCUCCUAUUUUUCAGAUUUUUUUGUUUGCCCUUCUUUUUCCAGAACUCUUCCAGCAAUAUGGGCCUUCUGGCUUCAUGUGAAGAGUUGGACAACACAGGUUUCAGAGUCACAGAGAAGAAGAACAUGCUUGCGUCAUUAGGGUCUCAUUCGACAGACCGUAGCUCUCCUCCACCCGGAUACAUUCCAGACGCACUCCAGCAAGUGGCAAGGAACGGCUCCUUCACAAGCAUUAACAGUGAAGGAGAGUUCAUUCCAGAGAGCAUGGACCAGAUGCUGGAUCCCCUGAGCAUGAGCAGUCCAGAGAACUCUGCGUCUGGAAGUUGUCCUUCUUUAGACAGCCCGUUGGACAGUGAAUAUCCCAAGUCAAGGAUGCCAAGAGCACAAAGUUACCCUGACAACCAUCAGGACUUUCCAGAGUACGACAUCCCAGGUUUCGACAAGUCGGGAAAAGGAGGCACGUAUCCUCGUCGAUACGGCGUUCCCUUUGGCCUGCAAGAUUACAGUGAUGGUAGGAAGACCUUCCCUCGCGCUCGGCGAACGCAGGCACACGGUCUACGCUCACCUGUCAGCUUCAGUCCCACCGAGCAAUCUCCCAGCACCAGCAGCGGCAGCAGUGUGUUCACCCCUGACCUGGAAGACGGCGCCGGGCCAGCAAGGCGGCCGAGAAGGGGAAGUGAUAUUGAGGCCAACCAGUCGAGCACCCCAAGCCUGUCAGUCAUGGACAUAAGCCCACCCAGCCGUUCUCCACGAGCGCCGACCAACUGGCGUCUUGGGAAGCUACUCGGGCAAGGCGCCUUCGGACGGGUUUUCCUCUGCUACGACGCAGAUACUGGACGGGAACUAGCCGUCAAACAGGUCCAGUUUGACCCCGAGAGUCCAGAGACGAGCAAGGAGGUGAGUGCGUUGGAGUGUGAAAUCCAGCUGUUAAAAAAUCUUUGCCAUGAGCGCAUCGUCCAGUACUAUGGUUGUCUGCGAGACUCCAUGGAGCGAACUCUCUCCAUCUUCAUGGAGUACAUGCCUGGAGGCUCCAUAAAAGACCAGGUGAAAUCCUAUGGUGCACUGACGGAGAAUGUGACACGACGUUACACCAGGCAGAUCCUUGAGGGAGUUUCCUACCUGCACAGCAACAUGAUUGUUCACAGGGAUAUCAAAGGGGCCAACAUCCUCCGAGACUCGGUAGGAAACGUCAAGCUGGGUGACUUCGGAGCCAGUCGGAGGCUGCAGACCAUUUGUCUGUCGGGGACUGGAAUCAAGUCUGUCACCGGCACACCCUACUGGAUGAGCCCAGAAGUAAUCAGUGGUGAGGGCUACGGAAGAAAGGCUGACAUCUGGAGUGUCGGCUGUACUGUUGUUGAAAUGCUGACCCAGCGACCGCCGUGGGCGGAGUUUGAGGCCAUGGCGGCCAUCUUUAAGAUCGCCACUCAGCCCACCAAUCCCGUAUUACCUGGCCACGUGUCAGACCACUGCCGAGAGUUCCUCAAGCGUAUCUUUGUGGAGACCAAGCAGCGUCCAUGUGCCGAUGAGCUACUGAGGCACAUCUUUGUACAUUAACUUGCCGCCCUCCUACUAAUUUGACAAAGGUGGGCUUCCUUGCUGUAACCAUAUUGGACCAGGAAGAAGGUUGGGUGCUUCCAGACCUUUCUAUAAAACUGCAGAAGACACAAGUCUUCUAUUUUUGCACCUUAACUUCUCAAGUGAGGAUAAGUCAGUCCUCCCUUGUGAUGAAAUGAACUUGGUAAACAUCUCCAUUUUUUUAACGCUUUCUUUUCAAAUGUAUCCUGUUGUGCUGCGGGAUGGUGUCUACGUUGCGAACCCGACCCCAGAAUGUAGUUUCCCGCCUUUGAUAGCCAAAUCUUGCUGCUAAAAAACAAAACAAAACAAAAAAAAACCAUGCAGACAACAACCUCCACUCACCUGCCUUCAUCUCGUUCUUUGUCGCCAUCACGCUUUGUGCCUUUUUCGUUUCUCAACAUUGCCAGAAUGACUUCGUCAGUCGUCUUAUUAUUACGUUUGGUCCUGGAGGAAACCAAAUCUCGGUAGCUUAUCAGCUAAUCACUCAUUGCUGCAAGCACAAUCAUAUCAUACGCGUUAAGAACGUAUGAGUAUAAUACCUUGAUUGAAACCCCCGGUUCAGCUGGACUUUUAGACGUUCCCUUCUCCAGUGAAACAGCACUGAGUGAUGCAAGUUCUGUGGGAGUCAGCAGCACUCCUGAUUGUGCCUCUUGAUGCGGCUUAAGAUGCCUUGAAUAGUAGUUUCUGUCAACAAACGGGAGCCACCAGAGAGCCAUAUCUGCUUUUAAAGAGGCUUCAAUUUAUCACAGAUUCACAAUGAACUUGUAAAAUCAGAAAAUCAGAACCAUUCCGUGCCCUAAAUAUAUUUGUGAUGUGAAGCUUGAUGCUGCCGUUUGGCACCUGCAGAUACCAGAAACCGCCACUGAUUGUUCCCAUAGUUAAUCAUACUGAUGGUAAAGCUUGCAGUGAACCAACCAGAUUUGUGGUUUUCUCCAGCAGCCACUAGAUGGUACUAAAAGCCUCUUAGAGAACGUUUCCCUCCAUUCCUUUAAAGGCACUUAACCACGUCUCCACAUUCAUUCACAGAGAUUUUAUGAAAACCAAACCAGGAACAUAUCCAGGAUGCAUUUUUAGUCACAAAUGUUUAACUAAUGUG